AUGGCAGACCCUACCCAAGCGCAUGGUCGCGGAGCCCAGAAACUCCCUUCCCCGCAAAAUGUCCGCAGUCCACUCUCGCCAGGCAGCGGCAGCGGAACCCCGAUCUCAUUCCAAACAAACGUGAAUCGCUCCAAGACAAAACGUUGGGUGGAAGCGAAGACAUAUACUUAUGAUGGAGGUGACUGGGGUAGCGACGACGACGAGGAAGAAGAGGAGGCCCCUCCCGCGGUACCUCGGCCUCCCUAUGCCACUCACAACACUGGCAGUUCGUCCGAGUUGUCCUUGAGGCGUUUGUCUGGCAUCGGAUUCGGAGCCGCUGAGUCGCAUCCGGCUGAUGGCAAGGAUAGGAGCCUUAGCGGAGGAGACCAGAAGCCCCUUCCCUUCGUAAGGCCGGCCGACCUCUAUAAACGCAUGCGCGAAGAGAAAGCGACACAACAGUCUCCUAUCAGUGGUAGCAAUGAUCCCAAGCCUGACGCGUUUGGAGCUUUACCUCAAACAUACCAACCGGAACCUGAUUUGGGUCUACCGGAAGUCAAGCGCAUGUCUAGCUUUGGUACCGAUUUCUUGGGUGGUGCAGACUCCCACCCGCCGCCACUGGAUAGCUCUGCAUCUCAGGAGUCCUCUUUGAACCACAAAUCUUCGUCGGGAUUCCGGUCGGUGGUGAACCAGGCCUUCGAUGUCCCAGAAACUCCACAAUCCACUACCACUAGUUUCACACGGUCGAACAGCGAUGGCACUUCCACGAUCAGCCCCAUCAUGGGCUCUCGUACUAUGACUGAUGAAAGAACACCCACCAUUCUCGAGGAACCUAACGAGUCGACCUCCCCGAAGGCAAGUGCGAAUGCGGUCCCGGUCCUUAACCCUGGUCAUCGCCGGGACCUGAGCCUUCCUAGUUCGGACAACAGUCCUUCGAGAAAACCUCAAGUCACAGACCAGGACACCCCAACAGCGGGUCAUGCAGAAUUGUCCUCCAUUCCUCCACUCCAGAGUUUGUCACCAGAAUCGUCUGAUGCGGCAAUCUCUCCUCAGAACCCGAUGCAACCAUACUCGACCAAGGGGCAAGACAUGCCCGCCCCUCUCAAAUUUGGAAGCGCAUCGGGCCCUGACGCCUUCCAUAACGAAAUCCCCACCAUCAUGGGAGCCGAAGAAUCGCCACAGAAUACCGACAACGAUCGCUUGAGGGAGGAGAUUAUCCGAUCAUUAAGUCGGGAAGCCACCCCCUCGGAGGACCCCGAGCCCAGCAAGCAACCUCAGUCGCAGGCACCCGCUGAGUCCAUCGUUUCUGAACCUCGCCCAGACUGGACUGGCCCGCCUCCCUUGCCGUCUAGAGACCCUUAUGCGAAUAGUCAAGGCGCGACUGGCAACUCUUCAUCCACGAUCGGCGAUCAACCAAAGAAGCCCAAGUUAGAAAGACGGUUCUCAUGGGAAUCCUCCGAUGAGGAAGAACCAGAGCCGCCUCAAAUGCCCGGGAGCUAUUCAUCGCCCCCUCCUUUGGCCACAUCGUUAUCUGCUCAAGAGCCUGAGCCUAUACAUGAAGCGCCCGCCCCAUUGGUGUCGGAUGUGCCGCACGACUCGUUUACCUCUGAUGAGGAGGGGUCCGAUACCCAGCGUGCUGUGGCAAAGCCUCGACUUUCGAUUGUUCCACCUAUUCCGGAGAACACCACACCACCGGAGCAAGUUAUGGGACCAGGGGUUACGCCACCUACACUACCUCCGCGAGCUCAAGUCCAAGUCCCUUCUAACGCUGGCAGCUCAUCCCUCGAUGAGUCUCAGCUCUUGGGCUUCCGUGAUAUUCUCGGUAUCACAUCUAUCAACCAGCGUAUCAAGUCUUUCGAACACACCCGCGAACAGUUCGCCACCAUUGACACUGGUUUGAAUCAUUGGCUUCAGUUCACGGUUCACGAGCACCCCGAGCAUGCCAGCGUGGUGCAACAGACCCAGAGUUUAUCCCCUAUCGUGCCACCAUCCAAUGCUCCUCACGGCAGAUUCCCUAAGUUGGGUGCUCUUGGGAGUCUCGGUUCCUUGAAUGACGGUACUCCGACUAGCUCCACUCAUAUCAGACGCCCAUCGGCCCAUCUAGGCACCGUGAUGAACAAAGAGAAAGUCGGAGAGAAAGGAAAGGAGCUUCUCCACACCGCGGGGGCGUUUAGUGGUAAGGCAACUGGAGCAGCCAAGGGGCUGUUUGCCAAGGGCAGAAGCAGGUUCCGACCCAGUGGAGCGUCUGAGAAGGUUCAGUCAACCCCAAAUGCUUCUCGCCGCAGCUUUCAGUUCUCCUUCCCUUCGGGGUCGGGUGAAGUGUCUGGUAACUCUUCUCAACGAAAUUCUAUCGGCUUUGGGAGUCUGCCAAUCUUCAAAUCCGAGCGAACGGGGCCCAAAUCUGAUACUGAUCCACCGGUCAGUCUCUGUCUAGAUGGUCCAGAGUGUGAACACAAUGCCGAAAAACGUGUCAAGGCGACCAACUCGGGGAAUAACUCCCUAUCGCAUAACCAUGUUGGCGGAACAACUGUGCAACCGACGGAAGUGUCAUCUUCCAACGAUGUUCCUCUUAAACCUGAAGGUCCCGGAAAGUCUGCCUUUGCUGGGGAUCUCGAGCAGGAGAUGAUAACGGCCCUUGGCCUUUCGCCCACAGAUCCUCAUCGUCAAAGGUCCGCAAGUACCCCAAUGGCGUUGAAUGUAUUGAGCCAGGAAACUGGCAGCAAACGCCAAUUUACAGAACCACUGCCACAAGGAGAAAGCACGACUAGCAAUCAAUCCAAUGCCGAAGCGCCGGUAUUCAAGGCCCCACUCGCAGAAAAUAGCUUGCCAGUCAUCCCUGAUGAGCCCUUUGAUGUCCCUUUUCCGGUUAUGAACAACCAGAAGCAUCGGCCAAGCAAGUCUAUACCGGAGAUUGUCAUUCCGUCAGUCCGUCCAGUGUUUGAUGAAAUGCCUCCGCCUCCUUCGGCUCCCCCUCCACCUCCUCCCAAGGAUAAUGAUAAUGGGCUUGCGCCUAGACGGGAUCAUAGACGCCAUCCCUCUGUCUCAACACUCGGAGCUGACGAGCGAGCUGGAAGUACAUCCGAUGACGAACUCGAUAGACAUCCCCCCUCUCCUUUGCAAGAAACAGCAAACGAGGUUGCACCAGAACCAUGGUAUACAAGCAAGGCUGAGCAUUCUGUGGAUGACAGCUAUGGUGACUCGCUGUCAUCUAGUCAAGAGAAGAGAAAGUCCUUCAUACCUUUCUAUCCGUCACCGUUCACAAGCUCUGCUGAGGUCCUCGAGUCCAAAAGAAAAUCGAUCAGUGGUCUACCUCCAUCUGCUCCGGACGUGCAUAGCCCCUUGAGAAACGAAGUCAGAUACUCGCCAGGAACCCGAAGCAGUAUGCUGAGCUUUGGUAGCUUCGGAAAGCAGAGCGCUAAAGGCAAAGGGACUCGUCCGUCUACACCUGCUAAUGAUCUUCAACCUUCGGAAUCUGGAUCACCUGCAGAGAAUAGGGAGUCUGCUAUUGGGAAACUCAAAGACUUCGGAAGACGACGACGCGCUUCGGUGGGAGAUCUCCUUUCUGGUAUUCAACUGCAACCGCCUCAGGGGCCUCAGGGUCCUUCGGAAGGCCAACGGAAACGAGCACUCAGCAGGAUUAGUGGACUAUUUGGCCGGCAAGGCUCUCAAGACCCUGAGAGAAAAUCGACCGAUCACAAAAGGGCUGCCUCAGAACAGCUGCAGAACCAAUAUCUGCCGACACCCCCGUCGACAAAUGGAAAUUUAAAUACUAGUUUCGCUGCACAGGAUGAACCACCGGUCCUGGGCAAUCCAUUUGAACAAAAAGACACUCAGCCCUCCGUGCCUACGGCACCACCACCACCACCACCGAGCGACACAAAACCUCUACCCCGCGAUAAUCCCCAACGUGCCAGUAUAUCACUUCCAAGUAGUUCGUCAUCCAACUCCCUGGCGGCUGGUCGGUUUUACUCGCAGUUUCAGUCUGGAUCCAUGAAUGAACCCCCCACCGGCUCUCGCCACGCUAGCACACUCAGCCAGCCUCUCCCAGGUCAUUCCCGAUCACCGUCUCCCAUGUCAUUGCACGAAAAUCGAGCUGCACCUGCACUGUCACCACUGGAGGAGCUAGAAGACCACCAGGUACACCAACUACAGGCAGAGGAGCAGCGAAAGCAAGAAACCCAGCAAACCCAGAACCAGAGCGCGCAGUUAGGCACUCUAAGCGAAAACCAUGAACAGGAGAAGCAUGAGGAGCACAAGGAUCGCAUGCUUAGCGAGCGCCUUCGACACGAACUAUAUGGGGAGAUACCCGAGGCUCCGACGAACAAGCAGAACCACCCGCGCCAAUACGAAUUACAAGGCGAUCUCAAACACCAAAGUCUGGCUCCUCAGCUCAGCAUUCGAUCUCGAAAGCCAGUGUUUUCAGACACGAUAUCCCCACUUUCCGAGAACCAUGCACCACGCAACAUCGUCGCCUCAAACGCCUCCAUAAUAUCCACGCAUCCUCACCGUAGUGAGGACAAGGCCCGUGUAGUCAAUGAUUCGCCUCAGCCGGUGGAACUUGCCCUCACCGCGGACGACUCCAGCGAGGAGAUCGUCAUGUCCCCCACGUCCUAUCCUGGACAGGAGUGGACGCCCAUGCAUUUGUAG